AUACACGACCUAAAAAAUCAAAUUUCAUCCGAUAGGAAUCGUUAUUAUUUAGCGUUUGCUAAAGAGGUCGCUACUGCAAAGCCAUUGUCGUUUAUUUUUUCUUUAGGGCACUUUUGAAACACACGGAGAUACGCUCAUAGAUUCUUCUGUUUCGGUCCGUAUCAAAACCUAUAGAAAAGUUUAAAAGAAGCAGCCAUGGAAAUGUCGAACGAACUCGAUAGGCUGCUCUUUUUCGAGCAAGCUCGUAAAAUUUCCGAAGCUACUUACGCUUCCAAUCCUCUCGAUGCCGAUAACUUGACCAGAUGGGCCGGCGCUUUACUCGAGUUGUCUCAGUUUCAAAAUGUUCCAGACUCCCAGCAAAUGAUUCAAGAUGCUAUUUCGAAGCUUGAGGAGGCUUUGUCCAUUAACCCUAAAAAGCAUGAUGCUUUAUGGUGUUUGGGAAAUGCUCAGACUUCUUUUGCAUUUCUAACUAGUAAGGAGGACGAGGCAAGGCCAUAUUUCGAAAAGGCUGCUCAGUAUUUCCAGCAAGCUGUUGAGGAGGACCCAAGCAAUGAAGUUUAUCUCAAAUCUUUAGAAAUAUCUGCUAAGGCUCCAGAAUUACACCAGGAAAUCCAUAAGCAUGGUUUAGGUCAACAGAUGCUUGGUGCUGGACCUUCUACUUCUACUUCUUCCAGUUCAACAAAGACUGCUACAAGGAACAAGAAAAGUAGUGAUCUCAAAUACGACAUAUUCGGAUGGAUAAUCCUUGCUGUCGGCAUUGUUGCAUGGGUUGGGUUUGCAAAAUCUCAAAUGCCACCUUCCCCACCACCACCGCCGCGUUAGGCUGAGGGGUGCAUUCAAUGCAAUGCUCCUACAUCCACAUUUCCUUGGGGGGAUUCAAACAGCCUUGAGGCUUCUGAGUAGAGACAUUGGGAGAAAAAUUGAGAAUUGUAUGUUUUGUUAGUUAUUUUUUUGUUCUAGUUAGUGCUGCCAUAUCAAUGAACCAAUGAUAAAAUAAGUGAAAAAAAAAAGUCAUUUCUGUGUUAAACUAUGAUUUUUCUCCUAAGCUUAGAAAUGCGCCAUGUCAACGCUGUGCUCUUGGGCCAUUGCUUCAACACUAGCCAUUUGAAGUACAGUUGGUUUAUAUGGAGGAUGGUUGGGUGUCAAUUAACUUUGAAACAUCAUCUUAAACUUGUUGAUUAUUUUGUUUUGCCAAUCAAUUAGGGUGCCGAUUUA